GGCAAGUUUUCCGACCUGGAGGGGAUAAGCUUCUGCUCCGACUGCCCGCUCGGAAAGUUUUCAGACCACGAGAAUUCAACAACCUGCUCCGCGUGUCGCCCAGGCACGUUUGCAGAUCAGACGUCUGCAGCUACGUGUGCGUCGUGCAGCAAGGGAAAGUACAACAAUGAAACAGGAUCGACCGCGUGCAGUUUCUGCCCUGAGGGCAAGUUUGCGGCGAGCGAGGGGAUGCUGCAAUGUACGUUCUGUGCGGCAGGGAGCUGGAUAUACCAGGAGGGCAUCAACGACUCUCCGACUCUCUGCAUCAACUGCUCGCGAGGACAGCAAGGAGAGUACGGGUUCGCCUGCUCCGAUUGUCCACCAGGAACGUACGCGCCUGUGGAGGGUCUGGGUGCGUGCUGGCUGUGCCCAAGAGGCAAGCAUUCACCCAACGGGAUGACGCACUGCUUGGAGUGUACGGCUGACACAUAUGCCGAUCAGGAGGGGACCGAGGGAUGGUUCUGUCCUCAAUGCCCGUACGGAAAGUUCUCAGAGGCAGGAGCGACAUCCUGCUCCUAA